AUGAUAUCAGCGAGUUCGGAAUCGCAGGCGGCCCAGGUGACAGUGCUAGGCCCGGAGGAGACCCAGGACAGCCAGGCCCUUUACGAAGCGUACAAGAUCGAAUUGGGUGUCGGAACGUUCAGCGAUUCGUCCUUCCCCGAGCGACAAACGCGGCCCGUUGCAGCUUCAAGUAACAGGUCACUUAGCCACGACAGCGUGCUGAAACGCGACCAGUGGACGCCUGGCGUUGUGCCUGGGUCUGCAGGUGUUGAGCAGUCGGUGACACGCUCGCGAAGCUUGCAAACAUGCACCGCCGCCCCCAACCCCGAUAAUAAGCAGCAAGACGUACCGAAAUCCCCGUCGCCAGGCAGAAGCACUAGCAGCGAACCCCGGCCGGACGAACCCAACCGCGAUCCCCCCGUGGACAACAGAGAAGAAUCUGCCCUGCGCGACAACCAGCCACUGCAAGCUGAAAUACAGCAUGACGUCGCCGCUCUACUAGACGGUCGGAAGCAUGAGCAGCCCGCUGGGCCUCCUACGCAGACUCGGAAGAUGGACGUGUCGCAGCAGACCCCGACGCAGGUGAACGAAGACCGCGACUAUGACGACGACGACGCGGCGACAGGCUCCUGGAGCCCCGAGCAGGACAACAACUCGCUGCUCCCGGACAACGAGGAUCGCUCGCUGCAGGCUGGCGACACCGGCGCGGUCAACUUCGGGGACAUGAGCCAGUUUGGCCGGCCGUCGUCGCAGGUCUCCGAGGAUGGCGGCAUCACGACGACGAGGGGAGACUGGAGGGUGCCGGAUCAGACGUCCCAGCUACGGUCGAGCACGCUGUUUACGCCCUUCAAGGCGCCGCAGGACCCUGCCUUUGAGACGCCAAUCGUGCCUAAGAAUCCGUUUGGCCAGAGGGCAGCCGCGCCGGUGCCCUUUGCCGGGAGUCAGCUGUUCGGACAGACUCAGCUCCUAUCCUCUGCAAUUAAAAAGGCCAGCCCGACGUCCUCGAGGCCGUCGCCGCAUGUGCUGCCGAAUUCGUUUUCUCCCAACCUGCCCGAGACAUCGCCCCUCAAAGACCGUACCAAUGUAUCGUCCCCGACUGACAUUCGGACGUCGAGCCCGCAGAGGCUCAAUGAUAUACCCGAGACGGAGCCUCGACGCAACAACCUAGAGCGGAUCGAGGAGGAGACACCAUCCCACAGCAGGUCGACCGAAGACGAGAUCAUCCCCGAGUCCCCGACGCACAAGGCGUCGAGGCUGUCCGGCGUCUACAAGCCUCGAGAGCACUACGAGAACAUGAAGGCGUCCCAGCAGAGGAAGUCCAGCGAUGGCGAAGUUUGGCGGUUCGUUGGCUCUGAUAGCGACUCGGACGACGAUGCCAUGCGACGCAUGGAACGGCGCAAGAAGGCUGAAAGGAAAAGAGCCCAAGCUGCACAAGAGAUGGAGAAGGUUACCUUCAUACCGCUACCUCGGAACACGUCUAAAGAGCGACACGGCAACAAGCGCCGCCGGGUCAGUCCGGAGGUUCAGGUUCAGACGCCGCGGUUUCAACCAUCGGAAGAAACCAUCAUUGCUCAGAGUGACAACGUCGAGCCCUCACAGCAGAAACCUGCCAGCCAGAGCGAAGUGCCACAUGAUGGAACGACACAGGGCACGGAAGAGAGUGAUGGAGAGCAGGAGAAGGAAGAUGAGGCAGACCUGGAGCCAGAAGAGCUCAAGGCAACCGACCCGGCGGCUGAUGAAUUUGUCCCUGCUACGAGCCCUACACGCCCUGUGAUUACGCAGUCUGGGUCAAGCCUACCGAAAUUAAAUACAGACUCGGGAGUCAGCCGAAGCGUGUCACAAAUUGGGCCGUCGUCUUUUUCUCCGAAGCCGGCCAGAGUGCAAAAGUCAUAUGGAACACGAGCCCGGCAAGGGAGAAGGGCUACGAUAAUAAGCUCUUCCGUCUCCGAGGCCGUCUCAAAGGAAUUGGAAACAGCUAUUAAGCCUGGAUCCCCCCCAACUAGCUCAGCCCCAUCUACUGCCGUUCCAGGUGAUAAGGAGGAAAACACAAAUUUUCUACCAGAUACAUCUCCCCCAGAUGAAGAAACAGAAGAAACAGAGCAUCCCGUUUCAUCGACCGAAAAUGCGAAGCGAGAUUCGAUCGAGGUUCGACCUAGAAAGUGCGAGACACCCAAGGCCAAGGUACCAGUCACUGUGGAAGCCCAGAGUUCCUCAUCUUCUUCCCUUAGCAGCCUCUCAUCAGAACCUCCCUCGUCACUCAUAACGACACCUCUGAUUCAUGCACUUCGUGAGAAAGAUGGGACGAUAUCUGAAGAUACAGCUCACGCUCCGUCUGGUAGAAAUCUGAGAGCCAGGGCACUACGAAGUGUAGCCAGCUCCACCUCGCCACAAGCAGUGAGAAAUCUUCGUAAUGUCAAAAGACCUCGAUAUGGGUCUGAGUCGACGGACGAGCUGAUUCGCUCUCCAUCGGAGAGCGUGCUGGAAAAAAGCGUCACCUAUCCCAAGCUGAUCAGGAGUUUCCGCCACGGCGUGGCGGCGGUUGCGCAAACUGAGGGGUUGUUUGGCGGCAUGAUAUUCGCCUUGUCGUUCAGCCAAUCUAAAUCUCAGGAGCGCACCAAGCUAGAGGCAAGGAUCGCCCAGGCCGGCGGCACAAUAGUCAACGACGGCUUUGAGCCCCUGUUUGAGCAGUCGGCUAUACUAAGCACCCCGACACCAAUCUACGAUGAAGAUGCGCCGUUGAGGCUAGUGGAGUCGUUCAGCGAAGGAGGGUUCACGGCCGUCAUUGCAGAUGGUCAUUCGCGGAAACCCAAGUACAUGCAGGCGCUGGCACUCGGACUACCAUGCCUGGCUCAUCAAUGGAUCACGGCUUGCCUAAAUAGGGGUGAGAUUGUCAGCUGGGAGGACUACCUCCUGUGCUCAGGUUCCUCGGCUGUGCUCGAUAAUGCCAUCCGAUCGCGGAAGCUGGAUACGUACCCAGCUGCAGAGGCACAACUAGCCAACGUCGUGGAGUGCCGCAGCAAGCUUCUAGAAGGUCAGAAAGUGCUAGUCGUCAUGGACUCCAAGAAAAGCCGAGCGGAAGCCAAGCAACCAUAUAUCUUCCUCGCACAGGCCUUGGGGCCCAGGAUCUCUCGGGUGUUUACGGCACAGCAGGCACAGCAGGCUAUCAAGAAGCACGCAAAGGACGGCCGGCCGUAUCAGUGGAUCUACGUGGACAAGAGCGCAGGGACCGCAGAGUCGGUGAUGUCGUCGCUGGGUAAUGGCGGGGGCAGGAAACGCAAGAGGAGUCAUUCGGCUUCUUACUUAUCGGCCGAAGAGUGUCCCCGGGUGUUGAAUGACGAAUUGGUUAUCCAGAGCCUCAUCCUUGGUAGGAUAAUACAAGAAGAUGAGAUGGAAUUUUAA